AUGAGUGAAAUAAACACGUCUCUUCCACAGCCGACUGUGUCCCCAAUAUCUACUAGGGGUCCAUCACCUGAGCUAGAAAGGUCAAGGUCAAAACAAAAAGACACAUCACAGCUUGAUUCUUCGUUGGACAAGACCCAAGAACAUGAGCGGAAACCGUUGGAUUUAAAUCUGGGUAGAUCAAGUGAAACAGAUCAGAUCGCUGAUGAUGAAAUGUCAACGAUAAGUUCUCCGAUGUAUUCUGAACAAUGGGAGGAAUACUCCUCGCCAAGGAAGACGGCGCGACAAAGCCAGUUGACACAUCGUUCCCUUAUGACCAGCGAAAUGACCCAUCGGUCACGUGAGAGUGGAAGAUUAUCACCAGCAAUGGAAUCUGCUAAUGUUGAGGUUGGUACGCAGCCUCUGACUCUUCCUAGAUUUAAUGAACCUUUAAAGCUUCGUAAAGGGAGACACUUUGUGGACUUUCAAGCUCCCGCUCCGACAGUGGUUUAUGUUCCUCAUCGAAGCUCUACUCAUGGACGUUGGACAAACGUUGCCGUUGAGAGGAAAAAUGGACGUUAUGUUGUUAUUGAGCAGAGACCUAUACAUACACAGUUUACUGAAUAUUCUGAUGGAGUGAAUCAUAAAUACCAAAAAGAUGUGUUUGGUCCGGAAACAUCAUGGACAAAGAAAAAAGCUCCCUGGAGUUGGUCAACAAAGGGUAACACUAUUGAAAGGUCAGUAAAUCGGAAAUUCUAUGAACCAUAUCUACCACCAAUGAAAGAGAGAUAUGCUCAUGUUGACUCAAGAGUCGGAUCGCUAGAUAAUUAUGAACAUCAGCCGGGCGGAGGUACUCAUAAGGUCCCAUCAUUCAAAUUGAAAUGGGAAGCUGAAGCAAAAGUUGGCUCUUUGCCAAAUACAUCAAGAGACCAUGCAUCGCCACAAAAUACGCUCAAAUUUCCAAAUAUUUCACCACGAUUUGGAGCCAGUGCUGCCUCUGGAUCAUUCACUUCUAUACAUUACACACCCGGAGGCAACGUUAUUCUACGGAGACAGAAAAUCGAUGCCAAAUCUCAAGUUGGAUCGCUUGACAAUAUAAGUCAUUCUCCAGGAGGAGGAGACGUUCAUAUGCCUAAAAAUAGGAUAAAAUGGAAAAAGGAAUCAAAAAUUGGGUCACUCGAUAACAUUACACAUUUACCAAAAAGCAGCAAUGUACAAGUAUUCAAAGAAAAAUUAAAUUGGGAUACGGAAGCAAAAAUUGGCUCUUUAGACAACGCAUAUCAUGCUCCGAAAAAGGGACGCUUUAAGGUUCCACAUUUUGGAAAAGACUGGAAUAAAGUCACUCACUCUCGUGUUGACUCAUUAUCAAAUGUCAAUCAUUAUCCAAGGGGAGGUAAUGUGCAGAUUAUAGAUCAGAAAUUGAAGUGGAAAGCGAAACCAAAAAUAGAGUCGCACUGGAAAUUUAAUUAUGACUAUAAAAGUCUGUUUGGUGACCAGGAUGAUAACUUUGAAGGCUUUAGCCAGGCUGACUCUCAUCCAUUUACUGUGUAA